AUGGCAUCGACAGCACCUCUGAAACGCAAGCGCUCCGGCGAAGAUCUGACCGCAGCCAAUACCAAACGAGCACUCCGCCCACGCAUCCCUUCUGUAACGACAUCGAUACAAGUGUCAAAGACACGAGUCAAGAAGCCUCUGAUCAAGCGAGUCACUCCUGUUCUUGAGAUCAAGCCGGCAACUACCAGUCCCAGCACCAAUCUCCUACUCCAAAAGGACAAGAUUAUUGAACAACUACGACUCGAACUUGCCGAGGCUAACAACAACCUCGCCAACACUCAAAAACGACUCAGCGAGCUCGAGAAGCAGCUUCUAUUGUCGCCCACGCAUCAUCAAUGA